CACACACACCACCACAGGGAGAUCAAACACGACCAUCAAGUUUGGUGUUGAAAUAUCAGCGGCGCUGUCCCCCUGGUGUUAUUUUCCUUUCUGCUCGGGUAGACAGCGUGGCAGACCCCACCUCUGGAGUGGGACGGUUUAAGUUACGGUAUCAUCACGGUUUGGUCAACCGCUGUUUUCCUGACAUAGCAGCAACACCCGUCCGACGUAGGUCGCCCCGAAUCGUCCUUGCGAAUGGCUACUACUGACAUGGAGAGCAAGUGGAGCAAAGCGCUGGAGAGCGUCCGAAAAGACGUCGAAUACUUCUUCGGCAUCUUGAAGGGCCGCUUCAGGAUCCUGAAGUUGGGAAUCCUUUUCCAGCACGAGAACGUCAUCGACAACUUGUUCUUCACAUGCUGCACCUUACACAGCAUGCUGCACGCGUUCGACGGGCUGGAUGAGCUCGAGACUGUCAAAGAGUGGGGAGGGAGGGCGGGUCUGGGUCUCCACGGUACUUGGGACAACGACCCUUUGUUGGACGACAGUACUGUGGGGUCCACCAGCCCCACCCCGGCGGACGAUGACGGCACCACCACGACCCCGCAAGCAGCCCAUGAGGAGUUGAAGAACGCGCUUAUGACGCACUUUGAAUUCCGUAGAUCGAAGAACGACAUUCGGUGGCUCAGUUACGCCACGACUGGCAAAAGUGCACGUGGCGCUUUUUUUGGUUUGGUGUGCGUGAAUUUGUUUUCUUUGUCGCGGGUGUUUUCGUUCAGCCUGGGACGACUGUAUGCAAACCGGCUUGGUUGUUUCACGCUCGGAGUGGGUUUGCUGGAGGAGCCGUACUGCAUGCCCUUAGAAUCGUGGCUUUCUUCCUCUGCGUUUUCUUAGGGAUUCGACUGAUUCACUUCAUGGAAGGCACCGUUACAUAAUAUACCGCUAUGAAAUCCAAGUACUGGUCGGUGUUCGCCACAUUUUUUGCAAUGGGGGUUGGGGCUACAAGCAAUCCACUAGGACCAGUUUUUGUCUCUCUACACCCCUGGUUGUGGUGUUGGUUUCAACGUCUUGUUUGCAGUGUGUUCUCGGUACGAGGAUGUGUUUUGUCCCCGUCCACCAUUUAUGUAUGUGGUGGCAUGGCAGUGGCAACCCCAGCGGUGAAUGUAAGAGGAAUAGAUCAAAAUCGUGCACUUUUUAUGUUGUCUGGAUGAGUGAAGGGGUUUGGCACCGCCUACCGAACGAGAAUGUUCCUACUUAUUCCCCUCCUCCGCCUGAUGUGUCUGACUGGACCUUCAAUUAUAUUUUUCAUGUGUUUAGGUCUAUGCCAAGACCUGGGCCGUUUUGGCUUUCUCGUCUGACUAUCGAGUGCAUUGUGUGUGCCCAAAAUCUGGGUAGCUGGUCUGUGACCACGGAAGACAUCCGCGUGUUUUGGACCGGAUGAUGUAAGGUGCCAAGCAGAGGUAGGAACGGAUGGUGAAUAUCAAGGCGACACUGGGAACGGUAUCGACCCUCGCUCCUCUCUCUAUUUUUUUAUGGCGGUACACGACUUUCCUCCCGCAGGACGGCAUGUUCAAUUGUCGCAAGUAUUGAUCCAAGAGCGCCGAGUCGAUGGCAGGCAGACCGCGCGAGGUUGCUAAAUGUAGAAUUCGAUUUUCUGUUCACCCUGACACAUGGCACUACCACAGUACUCGCCCGUCGUGCAGCCAGUGCCGACUCCCUGGUUAAUUAUAGUGCCCCCGUCAAAAUAAAGCAGAGGCGGGGAAACGCGACAAGUUGGAGUUCGUUUUCUGUCGGGGGGGAUCGACCCCUGAUAUGCGAGUUCGCCCCGGGGCGCAAGGUUUUAGGUUCCAUCGAGUUGCGGCCCAUGAUGUCCUUCGUGAACCAAGCUGGGGUAUUGGUGAAGUCGUAUUCCUCUACCAACCAGCGAAGGAAUGCCGGCACAGCGAAGCUUUUGUACACUUUGAGUGCCUCUGCAUUUCUAUCAGGCUCGCUGUAGCAUUUGCCGGUCUCCUUUAAAAUUUACGCUCAUGGCAGCGUAAAACCCCGGCAAGAACUGGAACAGACUAGCAUGGCGUACGUUUGGUUUGUCGCCCCAGUUGGUGCCCUUCAUCCUGUUGAUCACCCAGUCGGAGCUGGCAUUCUUCUCUAGCAUAAGAGAGGCGGUUGACAUGGUGGUGCCCGUGCUGCACUUACUUGGCUCUCGCUCUCUACCGUGGGUUGUGUGGUCUGUGGUGGCCGCUCGGCCGCUCUAGGCCUCCAUCCAAUCUCGAAUCCUGACAUGUCGUGGGCCCCCUGGCGCUACAUGCCACCGCAGGGUGCUCGAAAACCAGACGAAAUAAACCGUUGGACCAUAAUAUUGUUGUUGUUGUUAAUGUUCGUUGUUUUUCUUCACAUUGAACUCGUGUCAGUUGCUAAUCCCAAAAUCUAGCAAAGACCGAGUUCGGUCCGUGGUCACAAAAAUGCCAGAGCCACCUGAAGAUCUAAAGAACACAAACACUAUUAGCAAGAAAAGGGUACACAAGCCCGAGGAGGUACACCUGCAAUCCCUGCAGCACGUUUGUUUGCGUGCUCACAACUGAACUACACGCCCAC